AUACUGUGUUGCUGUUUUGUUAUUUAUUAUUAUUAUUACUGUAGGCGUCGGGAAGAGCGCAACUGUGAAGCGGGAUAGUAGCGGUGCAGUCCGUGCUUGAAAUAAUAGUGUCGUGCAAACAUUUGCGCAAUGACAGCACCCAUGGAGAGAAUACAAGUCUUAGACACUAUUGAAAAAGAUAUUAUAACAUGUCUUCAAAGUGCUGGGCAGGCACUUACAGAGUUGAGCAAAGAGAAAUCAAGCUUAAAACAAGCAGAAGUUCAGACAAAUCAGUUCCUGAAAACACUGAAUCAAGUAGAAGCAAAACUUACUGAACAAAUAAAUUAUCUAACCCAAGUAUCUACAGGACAGCCUCAUGAAGGAUCAGGCUAUGCCUCACAGAAGGUACUUCAAAUGGCAUGGCAUCGUUUAGAACACGCAAGAAGUAGGGUGAAUGAACUGGAGAGAAUUAAAAAUAAGCAUCUACAGGCACGUGCAGCUUUGAGGAACCAACAGCAAAUCACCCAAGUACAACCGAAUGGAUCACAACCAGUCACCAAUGCCCACGGAGGAACAUCAGCAUAAUUUUCGAAGAAGCUGUUUUCAUAUCAUUCGUCGCUGACUGUAUGAGGCUAACUGUUUCAACAUGUGUCAAAAGUCAAGUGAAAACUUUAUGCUGAAAGAAAUGUCAAUGUUGUAAGCAGGUGUUUUUUCUCAAAUUUCUGAGUGUUGCAAGGACUAAGAACAUAUUUUAAAAAUGCUAAACUAGCAACAGCAUUGUGUUUAAACAGUUAACUGAAGUAUGGUUCUUGAGGAGCAUUCUGCACUCUUUCGUGCAACUGCAGAGUAUAAAAGAUUCUCAUAUUUUUAAUGGCAUUGCAGGAAUGAAACCUAGGUGCAUUUCACGUGAGUUUCUCCUGUGGUAUAAAAAUGUUCCUUUCCAAUGUUUUUCUCAUUAUUUAUAUUUAUUGACAUAAAUACGAUGUUUUCAGUAUUUUACUGGAAGAACUGAUGAUGUAUGGAAGGCUUUAAUGAACCAGAAGUCAUGGACAUUUUUACUCAUCUGUACAUUGUAUAUAUUAUUAGUAUUGAGCAAUGAUGUUGUACAACUUGUUAAUUACAUAACAGUUUAACAGUUGUAAUUUUCAUUGACAUUCAUUCAUGUAACUCAAAUACAUACAUCAAACAAUGGAAAAUCCAGGAUGGAAUGUAACAAUAUAAUGAAGAGGAUAGCUGAGAUGCUGAGUCACAGAAAGGCACACCAAAAGGCUGUCAGGAAGUUAGCUUUCAGACAAGUUCUUUGUCAGAAAUAGACAACAUAAAUACAAGCACACACUCACACAAAGUUAAAACAAACACACACACACACACACACACACACACACACACACACACACACACCUCUGGCAGCUCGAGCUAGACUCAAAUGUGGCUCCAGCUGCCAAAGGCCUUGUUAACCAAAAGCGAACUUUCGAACAGUCUUUUUGAUGUGCCUUUCUGUGACUCAGCAAAUACACAUAUCAGCCCAAAUAUGACCUCUCCAGGUUGAUCUGGAAAAGUAACGAAACAGGUUGGAACCGAGUGUUAAGGAAAGGUGAUUCAAAAAGGAAAAACUUUAAUAACUGCCUAUGAAUCCAAAAUUUGGGGCAGAGGGAGAGAACUAACAGGAAAACAAGGUGGAGCCCAAUGAUACAGCAAAUAAAUUUAAGUAAAAUAAGCAGAAUAUGUAAAAUUCGCAAAUCAUUCAACAGUGGUGUGUCUCGAACUUUUAUUUCAACUUGAUGGACCUAAAUGACCGAUGGUGAAAUGCUCAUAAGAUGGCUUAUGUCCAAAAUGGGCAGUUUUGUGUAUUAGUAUGAUAAUUGGAAAGUAAAAGUAUCUCUUUGCUCACUAUCAAUACAGUA